UCUCUUUUUAUUUUAACUGAAGAAUUUUGCUUCCAUUGGUGCGCACUAUGGCUGGGAAAAAGAGAAGGAAACUGAAACUCUUAGCUGAAACAGGAUCAGAUGGUGAAAGAAUGGUUUCAGAUGAGAAGAAAGAGAACCUGGAACUACGAAACUGGUCCGACCUUCCUCCUGAACUUUUGGAACUGAUAAUGUCCCGUCUAACAUUAGAGGCUAACGUUCGUGCCUCAGUUGUAUGCAAAAAUUGGCAUGGCCCAGCCGUUUCUGUUCGGGUGGUAAACCAAUCACCAUGGCUCAUGUACUUCCCUAGAUAUGGCAACUUGUAUGAGUUCUAUGAUCCUUCUCGGAGGAAGACCUACUCCUUUGAGUUACCAGAGCUGUAUGGAUCUAGGGUUUGUUACACUAAAGAUAGUUGGUUAUUGCUAUACAAAAUGAGAACUCAUCGUGUGUUCUUCUUCAAUCCCUUCACUAGGGAUAUGAUCAAACUGCCAAGAUUUGAGUUGACAUAUCAGAUUGUUGCCUUCUCGUGUGCCCCAACAUCUGCCGAUUGUGUAGUUUUCACGGUGAAGCACAUCAGUCCAACAGUUGUUGCUAUCAGCACUUGUCAUCCAGGGGCAACAGAAUGGGUUACUAAUAAUUAUCAAAAUCGGCUUCCUUUUGUUAGUAGUAUUUGGAAUAAGCUUGUUUUCUGCAAUGGACUAUUUUAUUGUUUAAGUCUCACUGGUUGGUUAGGGGUUUAUGAUCCAUUGAAGCGUGAUUGGGGUGUUCUUGUUGUGCCCCCACCCAAGUGUCCUGAAAACUUUUUCGCCAAAAAUUGGUGGAAGGGGAAAUUUAUGGCUGAAAGCAAAGGAGACAUUUUAGUUAUUUAUACAUGUUGUAGUGAAAAUCCCAUUGUAUAUAGGCUAGACCUGUUAAACAUGGUCUGGGAAGAGAUGAAAACCCUUGAUGGUGUGACACUUUUUGCAAGUUUCUUGUCAUCUCAUUCAAGAGCUGACCUUCCGGGAAUAAUGCGGGACAGUGUGUACUUCUCAAAAGUUCGUUUCUUUGGAAAGCGUUGCAUAUCAUACUCUCUCAAUGAUUGUCGAUACUAUCCUCGUAAGCAGUGCUAUGACUGGGGAGAGCAAGAUGCCUUUGAGAACAUUUGGAUCGAACCACCUCAGGGGCAGGACAUCUUGCCUUUCAUUUGAAGAAAACCAAAGAAACAAGUGAAUAUUCUCCAGUUAAGAUUUUAUGGCAAGCUCAUUUAUCUCUUAUCUCUUGUUAUAAGUUAAUUUUAACUGUAUUAGAAUGCUAUUGAUGCUCUAUGUAUAAGUAGUUGCUACCUUAUGACUCUGCAAAGUAACAGCAUUGAACUGAAGUCAAUGUGCACUUUGUACCAGUAGAUGCUCCUGGAAAAAUUCAUGUAUUGUUGAAUUUUCUUAAUAUAAAUUUCUAUUUAGUUUUGUUGA